AUGAGAGGCGUCAACAGGGUGAGAGUGCACCCACAGUUCCCAUCAUCUACUCAAGAUGAGAUCACACAGGCUGGUCAGAGCAUGCUCCUACUGAGCCGUGACAUCUGCCUGGCCAAGUUCACAACCUGUCUGUCAAACAUCAGCGCUCUACUGCUUCACUGUGUCACCUGCUACAGGACUCGUAUGAAUUUGCUUGGACUGGAGGGAACAGUGGACAUGGACGAGAGGCGACUGAUUCGCUCAGCCAUUCGGGAUUUGAGACGACGCGAAAUCGAGGUGAUGGAGGCAGCGUUGGCCAGUAAGCGAUUCAGAGCCACACAGCAACACAGACAGGACGACAAAGAAAACCAGCACAGGUCUGAUUUAGCUGGCUCUCUGGACCUGCUCUCUGGGAAGAUUCAGAAUGUCCACAGCAUUGAAGAGCUGACUGGAAUGUUGCGAGCGUCCAGUGAAUAUGAGGAGAGGAAGCUGAUCAGAGCCGCCAUUCGCCGCCUACGAGACCAGGAAAUCCAGGGAGCACUUGAGAAAAUUAAGGGCAGUGGCCAGCAGAGGGAGCUCUGCCAAGACCCAUUCAACAGCCUACACUCAGAGAACAACACGCUCAGGUCUGUGCCACAGCUGAUCCCAGAUCAGUACUGUCAGAAGGGCACGGAGGUUGACAGAGAGACGCAUGCUAGAAGAAAGAGAGAGAGGGGGAGAGAGAGACUGACUGUGUCGUCAGGGAGAACGGUCAUUGAGACGCAGGGCGUGGGCGAGAGAGAUCAGGUCAAUCUGAACAGCAAAAAGACCAGCAGAGAGCUGCACAAACACAGCUCUGACUCCAGUAUGGUACUGGUUUUAGACCCACUGGUCAGCGAAAAAGUUUCCUGCCCUCUCUCAGUCCGUCAUCAAAUAGACUCUGGCCCUCCCGAUGCGGACGUUACUCCCGCUUACCGCGAACGGUCCAACUCCAAAGAUUCCAGCCAGAGUCUAGACUCUUCCCAGCAGAUGCGAUCUGACUCCAGCUGCUCAGAACAUAGUCUAAGCCUCGUUCAUCGGCAGCGUUUGGAUUCCAGCGCAUCAGAACACAGUCUCAGCUCUCCCGCUCGGAUGCAUUUGGACUCUGACGCUUCUGACCGCAGCCGCAGCUCCCAGUCCCAGCCGGGGCCCACCGCAGACUCUGGAUCUUCAUACAUGAGUCAGGCACCGUCCUGUGAUUGGGACCAAGACCAGAGACCCAGCAGAUCUCCAUCCAGCACCGAUUCAGAGGCUGACAUUAGUGAGCAGGUUCAGCCCAAACCUCUGGAGGAGUCGUCCGCUGUGGAGGUCACUGGGGACGGGUUGGAUGGAUUGGUGCUGUCCAGGAAAGCCCAGAGCUCCAGCAGCACCGGCCCAGGGAAUGGAUCGAAUGGACCUGGUACCAGGCCCCAGACCUGUGUUUCAGAAGUGAAGGAGGCCCCAGGAAACAAAACCCCGCUCUCAUCUCUCAGCAACGGCAAGGACGCAGAUCUCAUAAACAGUAAAACAGUCUCUGAGCCUUUUGGCCGUGCGGGUUCGGUUCGUGACCGGGUGCGAAAGUUCACUGCCCCUGAGCCUGUGUGUGGAGCUCUUCAGAGGAGGGGUGCACAGAGGAGUGUCAGAGCUGGAGCCUCCUCUGCCAUCUCUGAGACAGAGCGCAAACCCCACGUCUUCUCCUCACAUCUCUCUUCCCGCUCUGAAUCAGUCCCCUCACAGAAAGGCAGCAAUCUUUCCGGAGGCGUGGCCGCUCAACCUCAGCCUGUCUCUAGCCAAUCGCAGACGGCCGUGGGCGGGCAGAAGAAUGGCACUGAAGAAGUCGGGCCUGAGUGCGGCAGCUCAGAGGAGACCGGAACCUUCCGAGAUAAAGACAUCUCAGGCACUCAGGACCCCCAGGACAACCCCCAGUCCAACAUGAAGACCUUCCUCACCAUCGAGAUCAAGGAGGGACGCACGGUCGCCACCCAGUCUUCGUCAUCAUCAUCAUCCUCAGCGUCACAGCCGUCUACAGCGUCAGUGAUCAGCAUGGCCCCUCGCAUCGCCACAUCAGGGGGAGGGCAGAGGGCAGAGUUAACGCUUGGUCUGAGACCGACGCCAUUCAAGAUCACCACAUCCACUGUGUCCACUGGUCCCUGCUUUAAGAUGGAGACAGAGCCUUUGUUUGUGAUUGAGCCCUCUGUGCAGACAGCCAGUGAAGCGCCUGCAGUGCCUAACGGAUCCUCUCCGGUGACCCUCCAGGUCAAGCAUGAGGAGCCAAAGGGGAAACUGACCCAGGAUCAGUUGGACGCCAUUGAGGAUGAGGAGAUUCUUGACAAAAUGCUGGAUGACUCCAAGGACUUUGAGGAGAGAAAGAUGAUAAGGGCAGCUAUGAGAGAACUGCGAAAGAAAAAGAGAGAGUCCCGACUGGGAUGUACACAGGAGGAGUUGGACCAGCGUGAGAAGGAGAGGGAGCUGCGUCUCCAGGAGCUGAGGCAGCAGAGAGAGGAGCGCAGUCAGAAGACUCGUGCAGCAGGAGGAGGAGGAGGAGGUGAAGUAGUGAUGAAGAGGAUUGAGAAGUCGGCUGAUGGUUCCACAGUCAGUCACAUCAGCCAAACCAAUCGAUUCACCCAGUCUGAUGAUGGCAGUAAGACCAGCCGUUGCAGUGUUGUGGAGUCCAGUUAUGUGCAGAAAUCAGGCCAGGGAACGACACAGACAAAAUCCUACAGCUACUCCUCUUCCUCCUCCAGCUCCACCAAGAAAGUGGGCAGCGUCUUUGACCGUGAGGAUGACUCCUCGCGUGGAGCCGCGGAGCGCCGGCAGGCGGAGAGGAGGAAGGAGCUGAUGAGAGCUCAGACGUUACCCAAAACCUCAGCCACGCAAGCACGAAAAGCCAUGAUCGAGAGACUGGAAAAAGACAGCGGAGGCACUGCAGUGGCUAACGUGAAUAAGGUUCAAAGGUCCACCAGCUUUGGCGUACCCAACGCCAACUCCAUCAAACAGAUGCUGCUGGACUGGUGCAGAGCCAAGACACGCUCCUAUCCGAACGUGGACAUUCAGAAUUUUUCAUCCAGUUGGAGCGAUGGUAUGGCUUUCUGUGCUCUGGUUCACCACUUCUUCCCCGAUGCCUUUGACUACAACUCACUCAGCCCUAAUAACCGAAGGCAGAAUUUUGAGGUGGCCUUCAGCACAGCGGAGAAGCUGGCCGACUGUCCCCAGCUCUUGGAUGUGGAGGACAUGGUGAGGAUGCGGGAGCCGGACUGGAAGUGCGUGUAUACGUACCUCCAGGAGUUCUACAAGGGCCUGGUGCAGAAGGGCUUGGUCAAAACCAAAAGCUCCUCCUAGGGUCCUUACCGAGAGAACGGGCUCUUGUGAACUGCAUGCCUCUGAUUGAUGUGGAGGAUAUGAUGAUCAUGGGAAAAAAGCCAGACUCCAAGUGUGUCUUCA